ACUAACUUACUAAGACUACGGCAGCUCACAGUUUAAGAAAUAUCUUUUUGAAAAUCGGAUGAGAAGAAAUUAAAAUUUUGAGAGAAAUUGGAAUCACCUUCACUCUCAUUCUAUAGACAUUUUACCGAAUAUACUUUCGUCGAGAGUUUUCUUCUAAUUUGCCUCAGAGAUUCGAUAAAACCGGAUUCUUUUGUUGAGCAGUAACGAGCAGACAAGAUGGAACUUUGUGUUGCUGCUGCAGUGUUUUUGUCCUACUUCGCUCCAGCUCUGGGAUCAGCUUUUGGCAGGGAAAUGCCAGCUUCCAAAAUGGAUGAAGUUCACGAGUUCGACAAGCCAUUUCAUUAUGAUUAUGAAUCUCUGAGGAUCGGUGGUAUGGUCUUUGCCGUGAUACUCUUCUUGAUGGGCAUCUUCCUCAUUGUCAGUCGGAAAUGCCGCUGCAAAGGGAAAAAGUCAAAGCCAGUGGGAAUUGACACAGAGGCAGCCAGAGGUGCAAAAUAAAGUAAACCGAGGGAACAGAGAAACAGAAAGCAUGGCUUCUUAAGGAGAAUCUUAAUCAAAACUGUGGCUAUUUGGAAGAAACGGUCCCUUGAGGAUUGAGUUCUAGUGUUCACCACAGUUUUUAAAUUUGUAUGGCAAUAUUUCUUUGUCUCUUGGAUGCAUGACAGUACGAGUGCUCCUUUUUAAAAAUCGGAAAGUAAAAAAAAAAAAGAGUUUCAAUAAAACUGUUAAUUCUCAGCUAAACUACUUUGCCAUAAUGUUUAAUUCAGCACCUGAUAUCUGUGAGAUUUGUGCCAAGUUUUUGUCAUGUGCUUUUCAGCUUUCUGUGAAGUUUAUGAAAUGCGUAGUAUAGUAUGUGUAAGGGUUCAGUAGCUAAAGGAAAUAGUAGGCAUUUUUUACAUUUUGUAAAUUGUCCUUCCAGUUUUGUCACUUUUCCGAAUUGACAAUAAAGCUGUACACUGUAGUUGAAAAUAAAGUGAUUUCUAUGGAA